AGUUGUUAUACCAAGAAAUUAAACUUUUCCUACAAAAAUGAUUCAUUUUGUUUUUGCCAUUCGAUGACUUCGGAGUAAAAAUCAGAGAAUAAAAAUGAGUUACGAUUCCUGGAAUAAGCGCGGAGCUGAAAUGCUUAAGUCUGGUCUCUUUUCCGAUAUUUGCAUACUCGUUAAGGACUCCAAAUUCGCUUGCCACCGAUUUAUGCUGGCCCGUGCCUCGGAGUUUUUUGAAAAAUUGUUUCAAAAAGAUGGCUUAAAGAAUGGAAGCGUGCGUUUGGAGGAAACGACACCUGUUGUAUUUCAAAUUAUUCUGAAUAUUAUUUACACUGGGAAGUCUAAGUUCUUUACAAUCCUUAAAAAUGAUAUAUUAAUACAAGUUUUGAAAAACGCAAAUAUGUGGCUAAUACGUGAAGUUGAACAAUGUUGCACUGAGCUUCUUAGAAAAAGAGCAGAAAAUAUGAACUUUGAAUUAUUAAUAGAAUUGUAUGCAGAAUUUUUCCUUCUCGAUAACAAGAGUUUUUUGAAGGAGAUUAUUGAGCUUCUUCAAAAGCAAUCGGACCAAAGCAAUGAAACUUUUUCAAAGGUGUCUAAUCUAAGCUUCAAUUGCUUCAGGGACUUCGUUCAGAGCACUUCGCACAUUUAUUCUGAAAGUACACGUUUUGUUAUGGUUGAAAGUUGGAUUCUGAAAAAUGUGGAUUUUGAAUAUAGUUCCAUUAAUGAUUAUAAGGGCAUAAUAAGUAACAUUAAUUUUAAGAAAAUGACAAUUCAAGAAUUUCGGGAUGGACCGGGAAACUCAAUACUCUUGGCUGAUAAAGACAAGUACGAAAUAUUGUCUGAAAUCGCAGGUAAAAACCAGAAAAGAAUUUUUGAUUCUCGGAACUGUAAGCUAAUAGCGACUUUAGUUGAAACCUUUUUCAACAAUAGGAACAUGUCAAUUAUAGGUUAUAGGAACAUGUCGUGUGUAAUCUUUGCGACAGAGGACUUUCAAAUAGUGUAUCGGCGUGGAAAUAUGAAUGUAACAGAUCAGUAUUUGUUAGAGUUAAUCAAGGAGCUAUUUCCAAAUAAUAUGAAUGAACAUCGUGUCCAAGAUUCAAAUGGGGUAAUUUUCGUGGACAAAACACUACAUACUAUUCUGUUUGCAAAAAGUUCCUUUGGCCAUACCGGUUCUAGUUUGUCAAGGUAUCUUAAUGAUCAUCAAUUUUAAAAGACAUCAUUUAAAAAAAUAAAAUAAAGUUAACCUAAACUUAUGAAA